AUGAACAACUUCGGGGUCGUCGAGCUCGCCAGCGCAAAGACAACUUCGGCGCCAGGCUGGGCCUAUGUCCCCGAUAAUACCAUCAGUCGCUCGACAGCACCGACUAAUAGGAAGCGCGCCAGAAAUGCCCCUGGCCUUACAUAUAGCGAUCUCACGGCUCGACAAGACAACAAGAUUCGAAAAGAAGUCGAAGCCUUGGAUAAAGAUGGCGGCAAGGAUAAUACGAUACCGUUACCGGUGAAGAGUGGAAGGGCGCAAGGGAAGCAUACGCCCAACGUUCGCAAAAUUCUGCAGUCGCAAAAGACGUUUGGAAAUCAUCUGGACGACUUUCUUGCCAUGCAAGCUCUGGCCGAAUCUAACCCUGCAGUUUCUCGUGCAUCUGGCGCAAACAACAAGCGACCUUCUAUCAGUCGAAAAGAUACCCCGUCAUCAUCCAAACCACCACAAGACGAAGACACGACUAUGACCGACGCGAAUCUUCCACCUGUUCUACCCGAACCCUCGAGACCACCGCCAGCAACACAUCCAGGCGACAAUAACCCAUUGCUCGUGUCGCGUGUGCCUGAAAUGCCGUCAGACGAGGAACUGCGCAAGCUUCUUGCACAUCCACCUCUCAACUACGGUGAAGCGACGGGUACUAGAGACACGAAAUACCCCGUCAGAUCUUUCUGCGAGUACAAGACCACUUUCAAGACUGCAACUCUCCCACCAAAUCUUCAACACCAGUGUGAGCUUCUCAACAUGUCGUCCGAUCAAGCUGAUGCCGCCAAGGCGGCCGAGGGUGCUACUGAGCAGAGCCUUCCUUCUCGUCCUGCCAAGCAGCCAAAGGAGAAGCAGCCCAAGGACAAGUCCGCCAAGGGUGGAAAGUCUGCUGGCCUUGAGAUGGCCGAGCCUCCGCAGUUCAUCCAACACCGACUCGACAUCUUCGACAAGAUCAAGGCUCGCCAGGACGCCGAACUCGCUGCGAAACCCCGCGAGGAAAUCGUCAUCUCGCUCCCCAAUGGAAAGGAGGAGAAGGGUACCUCAUGGGAGACCACUCCCGGCGCCAUUGCUAGGGGCAUUUCCAAAUCUCUCUUCGAGCGCACUGUCAUCUCCCGAGUUGACGGUGAACUGUGGGAUCUGACUCGACCUCUUGAGAAGAGCUGCAAGGUGGAAUUCCUCGACUUUGACCACACUGAAGGAAAGAAGGUCUUCUGGCACUCGUCUGCUCAUAUUCUCGGAGAGGCCGCUGAGCGACGCUUUGGAUGCUACCUUUGCAACGGUCCCCCUACUGAGGAUCCUCCUGGAUUCUACUACGACAUGGCUAACAUGGGAGACCAAGUUGUUACUGAAGAGGACAAGAAGGCUUUGGAGCAAUUGUCGAACGGAAUUGUGAAGCAGAAACAGCCUUUCGAGCGUCUCGAGAUGACCAAGGAGGAGCUUCUUGAGAUGUUCGAGUACAGCGAGUACAAGAAGUACUUCAUUCAACAGCGAGUUCCCGAUGGCACCAAGAGCACUGUUUACCGAUGUGGUCCCCUCAUCGAUUUGUGCCGAGGACCCCACGUCCCUACCACCGGCAACAUCAAGGCCUUUUCCGUGCUCAAGAACUCGGCUGCCUACUGGCUUGGUGACAGCAAGAACGAGUCUGUGCAGCGUAUUGCUGGUGUCUCGUUCCCUGACAAGAAGGCUCUUGAAGAAUACAAGCACUUCCUGGCUGAGGCUGCCAAGCGCAACCACCGAAAGAUUGGACAAGACCAGAAGCUGUUCUUCUUCGACGAGGCUUCCCCCGGAUCUGCUUUCUUCCUACCCCACGGUGUCCGCAUCUAUAAUGCUUUGAUGGACCUCAUCAAGGGCGAGUACCAAAAACGAGACUUCGAAGAGGUUAUGUCUCCCAACAUGUACAAGGCAGACUUAUGGAAGACAUCUGGCCACUGGGGUCAUUACGAGGAGAACAUGUUCACAUUCGAGGUCGAAAAGGAGAAGUUUGGCCUGAAACCCAUGAACUGCCCCGGCCAUUGCAAGAUCUUCGCCCAUUCCGACGUUACAUAUAAAGAUCUGCCCUGGAGGAUGGCAGACUUCGGAACUCUCCAUAGGAAUGAGUUCAGUGGAGCCCUGAGCGGUCUUACACGAGUUCGUCGUUUCCAACAAGACGAUGCUCAUAUCUUCUGUACAGUUGAUCAGAUUCGAGAGGAAAUCGAGUCUGCUUUCGACUUCUUGAGCAGUGUUUACGGAAUUUUCGGCUUCACUUUCAAGCUCAAGCUUUCUACCCGACCCGAGAAGUACGUUGGUGAUAUCGCUACAUGGGAUGCCGCCGAGAAGAAACUUGAGGAAGCCCUCGAGUCGUUCGCCGAGAAGACCGGCGCUAAGUGGGAGUUCAACCCCGGUGAUGGUGCUUUCUACGGUCCUAAGAUCGAUAUCGCCUUGUUCGAUGCGUUGAAGCGUGAGCACCAGUGCGGUACCAUGCAGCUCGACUUCAACCUGCCUCGACGAUUCAAGCUCCGAUACGUUGCCAAUAAGGGAGAGACGGGAGUCAGCGACGGCAGCAACCCCGAGGAAGAACUCCCUGCUGGAUACGCACGCCCUGUCAUGAUUCACCGAGCCGUGCUGGGCAGCUUCGAGCGAAUGUUUGGCAUUCUGACCGAGCACUUUGGUGGAAAGUGGCCAUUCUGGCUCAGUCCCCGACAGGUCUUGGUUGUGCCUGUUAUGCCCGCUGCCAACGACUACGCCCAGGAGGUUCAGAAGAUCUUCAAGGCCAAGGGAUUGUACAGUGAUGUGGACCUGAGCAGCAACACUUUCCAGAAGAAGAUCCGCACUGGUCAAUUGGAACAGUACAACUUCAUUUUCGUCGUCGGUGCUGAGGAGAAGGAGUCACGCACUCUCAACAUCCGUAACCGAGAUGACCAGGCCACCCAAGCAAAGGGUGAGCUGGUUGCUAUCGAUGAUGCUCUCGAGAAGUUGGUGCAGCUCAAGACCACUCGAGGUCUUGUGAACAAGCUGUAA